AUGAAGCAACCAGACCUCCCCUCCCGGAGGCGGCUGCACCAGCAAUAUCAGCUGCGGGCGGAGCCCGAGCGGUUGCCACUUCCCCCCUCUUCCCUCGUGACCCUCGUCCCCCCUCCAAUGCUCCCUCCCCCUCCACACGCCCUUCCUCGCCAGACACACCCUCCUCCUCGGGCUGCUCGCGCACGGAGCACGGGCUCUCUGGGGGAGGGAGCGGCCGCCGCCGUGGGGCCGGACGAAACACUUGGAGCAGCAGCGGCCGCGGCCGCCCCGGCCCGGGGCAGUGAGCAAGCCAGCCGAGACCUUCCCGCCGCUGCCAUGGCCGAAGUGCGCAAAUUCACCAAGCGGCUCAGCAAGCCCGGCACGGCGGCCGAGCUCCGACAGAGCGUGUCGGAGGCCGUGCGGGGCUCCGUAGUGCUGGAAAAGACCAAAGUUGUUGAGCCCUUGGACUAUGAGAAUGUUAUCACCCAAAGAAAAACCCAGAUUUACAGCGACCCCCUCCGAGAUCUGCUUAUGUUUCCAAUGGAAGAUAUAUCUAUCUCGGUGAUAAGUCGUCAACGCAGAACGGUGCAGUCUACUGUACCAGAAGAUGGUGAGAAGAGGGCCCAGAGCUUGUUUGUCAAAGAGUGUAUUAAAACUUAUAGCACAGAUUGGCAUGUGGUAAACUACAAGUAUGAAGACUUCUCUGGGGACUUUCGAAUGUUGCCAUGCAAAUCUCUGCGACCAGAAAAGAUUCCCAAUCAUGUAUUUGAGAUUGAUGAGGACUGUGAGAAGGAUGAGGAUUCCUCAUCUUUAUGUUCUCAGAAGGGCGGUGUGAUAAAACAAGGCUGGUUGCAUAAAGCCAAUGUAAAUAGCACCAUCACGGUUACCAUGAAGGUGUUCAAGAGACGGUAUUUUUACUUAACUCAGCUUCCCGAUGGUUCGUAUAUUCUCAAUUCCUAUAAAGAUGAGAAAAAUUCAAAAGAAUCUAAAGGUUGCAUCUACUUGGACGCCUGCAUUGAUGUUGUCCAGUGCCCCAAAAUGCGCCGUCAUGCUUUCGAACUCAAGAUGUUAGAUAAGUAUAGCCAUUAUCUGGCUGCUGAAACUGAGCAGGAAAUGGAGGAAUGGUUGAUAACUUUGAAAAAGAUUAUUCAGAUCAAUACCGACAGUUUAGUGCAAGAGAAAAAGGAGACGGUAGAGGCAGCACAAGAUGAUGAAACUAGCAGCCAAGGAAAAGCCGAGAACAUCAUGGCCAGCUUGGAACGGAGCAUGCAUCCGGAACUGAUGAAGUAUGGAAGAGAAACUGAACAGCUGAACAAACUCAGUAGAGGAGAUGGAAGACAGAACCUCUUUUCUUUUGACUCGGAAGUUCAGAGGUUGGACUUUUCCGGAAUUGAACCUGAUAUAAAGCCAUUUGAGGAAAAGUGCAAUAAACGUUUCCUGGUAAAUUGCCGUGAUUUAACGUUCAAUAUCUUGGGUCAAGUUGGAGACAAUGCAAAAGGACCACCCACAAACGUUGAACCCUUUUUUAUAAAUCUUGCCUUAUUUGAUGUGAAGAACAAUUGUAAGAUUUCAGCUGACUUCCACGUAGACCUGAAUCCCGCAUCUGUCCGUGAAAUGCUGUGGAGCCCUUCAACCCAACUGGCUAGUGAUGGAAACUCAAGAGGUUCUUCACCGGAGUCUUUCAUUCAUGGAAUUGCUGAAUCUCAGUUACGCUACAUAAGGCAGGGAAUUUUCUCAGUGACGAAUCCACAUCCUGAAAUUUUCCUGGUCGCGAGAAUUGAAAAGGUGCUCCAGGGAAACAUCACGCACUGUGCGGAGCCCUACGUCAAAAAUUCCGACCCGGCAAAGACAGCCCAGAAGGUGCACAGGACAGCUAAGCAAGUGUGUAGCCGCCUUGGACAAUACAGAAUGCCCUUUGCUUGGGCUGCCAGACCCAUUUUCAAAGAUAUUCAAGGUUCUCUGGACCUGGAUGGGAGAUUUUCUCCUUUGUAUAAACAAGACAGUAGCAAGCUUUCAAACGAAGACAUUCUCAAGUUGCUCUCAGAAUACAAGAAGCCAGAGAAGACCAAAUUGCAGAUUAUUCCUGGGCAGCUAAACAUCACAGUAGAAUGUGUUCCUGUGGAUUUAUCAAACUGUAUUACGUCUUCAUAUGUGCCCCUGAAGCCUUUUGAAAAGAAUUGUCAAAAUAUUACUGUGGAAGUUGAAGAGUUUGUUCCAGAAAUGACAAAAUAUUGUUAUCCAUUUACCGUUUACAAAAACCAUCUAUAUGUAUAUCCCUUGCAGUUAAAAUACGAUAGCCAGAAAACAUUUGCCAAGGCAAGGAACAUCGCGGUCUGUGUGGAAUUCCGGGAUUCGGAUGAAAGCGAUGCUAGCGCUGUAAAGUGUAUUUAUGGAAAACCUGCGGGGCCUGUUUUUACCACAAACGCUUACGCUGUUGUCUCGCAUCACAACCAGAAUCCAGAGUUCUAUGAUGAGAUUAAAAUUGAGCUUCCCAUUCACCUGCAUCAAAAACAUCAUUUGCUUUUCACUUUUUAUCAUGUAAGCUGUGAAAUUAACACAAAGGGAACAACCAAAAAGCAGGAUACAGUUGAAACUCCAGGUACGUGUGCUCUUUAAAUGUCUCUCUCUAGAGCUAUUUGAAAUGG